GGCAGGAGGGGGAGGGAACGACGGAAUGAAAACAAACAUGGCGGAGAGGAGCAAGACUGCAGAUACUGGUAGUUCUAUAGGAAUAGAUGAAAUUAUAACAGGAAAUUUAAGCAAAUACCCUGCAGUUCCACCAGGUUAUUAUGGACAGCCAAAAAAGGGACACCUUUUAUUUGAUGCCUGCUUUGAAAGUGGCAACCUUGGACGUGUGGACCACGUUACAGAAUUUGAAUAUGAUCUGUUCAUCAGGCCAGACACGUGUAAUCCUCGUUUUCGAGUCUGGUUUAACUUUACAGUUGAAAAUGUGAAAGAAUCUCAACGGGUCAUUUUCAACAUUGUCAACUUCAGUAAAACUAAAAGCCUCUAUCGGGAUGGAAUGGCUCCAAUGGUAAAAUCCACAAGCAGGCCCAAAUGGCAAAGGCUGCCACCCAAAAAUGUGUAUUACUACCGCUGCCCUGACCACAGGAAGAACUAUGUGAUGUCAUUUGCUUUUUGCUUUGAUCGGGAGGAAGAUGUUUACCAGUUUGCUUACUGCUACCCAUAUACGUAUACUCGGCUUCAGCACUACCUUGAUAAUUUGCAGAGGCGGAACAUGGACUACUUCUGCAGAGAGUUUCUGGGAUAUAGUGUGCAACAGCGGCAACUUGACCUCUUGACUAUAACCAACCCUGUAAAUCUUCGCCCUGGAGUGGAGCAGAAAGUAGUAUUUAUUACAGCUCGUGUCCACCCAGGAGAAACACCAUCAUCUUUUGUGUGCCAAGGUAUAAUUGAUUUUCUUGUUAGCCCACAUCCAAUUGCCAAAGUACUGAGAGAUCAUCUGGUCUUCAAGGUAGCACCUAUGCUUAAUCCAGAUGGAGUUUAUCUUGGCAAUUACAGGUGCUCACUAAUGGGCUUUGAUUUAAAUCGACAUUGGGUAGAUCCUUCUCCUUGGGCUCAUCCCACACUGCAUGGUGUCAAGCAGCUCAUCGUUGAGAUGUACAACAAUCCGAAAAUUAGCCUGGAAUUCUAUAUUGACAUCCAUGCUCACUCCACUAUGAUGAAUGGCUUUAUGUAUGGGAACAUUUUUGAAGAAGAGGAAAGAUUUCAGAGACAAGCUAUUUUCCCCAAGUUGCUUUGCCAGAAUGCUGAAGACUUCUCCUUUUCUAGCACUUCUUUCAAUCGAGACGCUGUUAAGGCAGGAACAGGACGUCGUUUCCUUGGUGGCUUACUUGAUGAUACCUCUUACUGCUACACACUGGAAGUCUCAUUCUAUAGUUAUAUAGUUGGAGAUACAACUUCUGCAGUCCCAUAUACAGAGGAAACAUAUAUGAAAUUAGGAAGAAAUGUGGCCAGAACUUUCUUGGACUACUAUAGACUCAACACCAUUUCAGAGAGACCUUUAGCUGCAAUCUCCAGCACACGGAAGGAAAAAGCAUCAUCCUACAGAUAUGGCUACAAUCAGAGUCCAGGGAAUAACCAAGCUGCCAGUAAGCCAGAGAAGAAAAUCCAAGCAAGUCCUAAAGAGAACAUUCACUCACCAUAAAACAAUUGAAACCACACACCAUUCAGAGCAGCCUGAAUCAACAUGGUUUCUGAUCCUCCUUCCAGCCACAUAUUUUAAUGACAGGGAAGAAAAAAGUAUUAAAUAAAAAUAUUAUUGUUGUUAUCCUUAUUAGUUUAUUAAUAAGUCUUUUCCUUCAAAAGCCAACUAGGCGAUCUGGAAAAGUGUUUCUGCAACAAUAAAGACUUUUAGUUUUAAAAAAGUAUUUGCAUUGCUAAAUUUUGAAAUAAUGAGGAAACCAGGGGAAGUUCUCUGUGAUAUUGCAUGAUUUCUGUAUUUCUUGGUCUCAGAUUGCAAGCAUCAUUUGAAAGUCCCUUAUGCCUUUGCAGUGAAAUGUUCUAUAUUUUGAUUACAGUCUACAACCUACACUCUUUGGUCCCAGUCUAAUUGUGUACCUGUGCUAGAAAACCAGCAUUCACACUACUUAACAACUGGGUGGUGAAAGGCUGCUGAGAAGACUAUAAAUCCAGCCCUGUUCCAUAAGUAUGAUGACCAGUUUUCUGAUUAGAACGAUGCAUGUACGGGUCUAUCAACAGAAUUAAGUGGGCUGCUAUAUACAAGCAUCUAGUUGUGCAUGCAAUUUGUAAUCCAGUUAUUUAUACAUACGCUGAAGCUUCUGCACUUCUGCACUCAUAUGCACUUAAGCUGGAUCAGACAAUUUGUUUGUGAAGUGGAAAAUAGGAAGCAAGAAAUAUAUUGACCCCAUAGAAAAGGAAAUUGGUUAAAAAAAACCACUUCCAUAUUGUAAUUUCAAGGUUUAUGAUUAAAUUGUAUGCAUUUUCAAGGAGGGGCAAAGUACUGUAAUAUGUUGAAUGCAAUGUAUUUAAACAUCACGCUUUUGGGUCUUUAGAGGCUAUAAAGCAGAAUAAUGUAUCCUGUGGCUGUUGAACUGAUGGAAGAGAAAGGAGAGAUGGUCUCACCUGAUUUGUCUACUCACUGACAUGCCCUCUCCCACCCUGCCUUUUAUCUUUGAGGAUUCUCCACUCCCUAGGGGUUUACAGAAAACUGAUGUGGGAAAGGAAAGGAAAGAUCCACUUCCACCAGCAGAACAGCAAUUGGAUUCACAUUCCUGUAUGUCCAAUGAAUUAAACAUUUUGUUUGUUUAUGACAAAUGUUGAGUUUCUUGAGGUUUCAAUUUAAGGAAUUUGGUUUAUGGGGUGUAUAACAGCAGGAGGGGGUGAUAUCAGUUUAACAUAUUGAAUGAAACAUAACCUUGCAAAUAUUGUUGCUGUUUGAAUGGAUUUAUUUUGUGUUUAUAUGAGACCUGGAGAAACUUGUUGGUUUACUCUGGGAGUCUUGAAUAAAGAGUUCACUACA